AUGAGAAGGUAUAAACACUUAUCAGAAUAAGUUAGUUACUUUAAUGUAUACGCCAAUUUAUGGUAAUCGAUCAUCUUUUUUUUUUAAUUAAUUGAUAUUCAUAGUCUACUGUAUAUGGUUACAAGAAUAAGAAUCAUGCAAGAUCUUUUAAAACUUAUGAUGAAAAGACAGAUAGAAAAAUAACAAGAAUUUAAAUAUUCUUAGAAUUAUUUAUUAAUUAUAAAUUAUUAUUUUUGCCUUUAUUUAUAAUAUUUGAUAUAAAUAUUUUUUGUUUCACUUAUUACUUAAUUUUUAUGA